AUGCCAUCCCAAAACUCUCUGCCAUCCCAUCCUUGGCGGGAUGUUCAGUCUUGGCGGGAUGGCACGUCACGUGACUCCAAGCCCCGCGAUAGUCAUCCUGUUCGUUGGAAUCCCGAGUGGCCUCCCAACUACUCUUUGUCAGACCCAGGGAGAGGAUCCCACCUACUGUUACUUGUAACACUUAGCUACUAUAAUAAAUUUAAACGUUAA